CGGAACGUGUACGCGUUCAAUUCAGUUCAGCAAACCGCCCAGCAUCGCCGCGCUCCUAGUCGCCGCAACCCGCAACCGGUCGUCACCGCUUUUUUUACCGAUUUCGCACCGUUUUUUUUUUACCGUUUCGCGUAUUUUUCCGUGACUUUAUCGGUAGUUCUCCCGGAUUGGGGGCCGAUGAUGGAUUAAGGGUGAUCCAGUGGGGUCGGAAAAACUUGUUUUUAAAAUGUGCCCGGUGCGCGAGCUGUAGUUUCUGUGAUCCCUCGCCAGCGCAUCCCUCGCCGAAAAGUCGCAACGAUGUGGAUGUUCAAAUGUUCUUUAGUGGUUCUAAGUGCUAGUUUCUUCAGAGUGUACUGCAUAACGCACAAGCCUUUUUCUGAAAGUGAUCUCUUACCUGGGAAUGAUACGCAUCUUCCGGAAUACGCUGCACUAUCACAGCAAUACCAGCCGUUCUCUCAACAACUUGCUCAACAAUUCUACCAGCAGUUCCAGCGCACGCUGUCACCUCUGCAACAAUCACACAUCCUCGACGAUGUCCAACAAAACUACAAGUUUCAGCUGACACAGCCGAGCGAUCGGGGCCUGAUCAACAAUCACCUGACGCCCCCGCAACAGUCGCAACAAGACUACUUGUUUCCUUCACAAAACUUAGUUCUAUCUAGUCCGUAUCAGUUACCUUCCCAAAACAGCCAUUUCCAAUCAAACUCUGCACAACCUCCGUCCAGUGUCAUCAAGCAGUCGCAAGACCCGAACUUAUUCCUACCUCCGUCAUCAUCCCACCAACAACAAGAAACCCAGCAGCCGCAGCAGACUUCAUACAUCUCAGCCGCACCCAGCUCACAUGAUGUUCAAAUACAACAGUCCAAUGUCAUCCAACCCUUGGCGUAUCAACCCUACGUCACGUCAGCGCAGUCGCAUCAGUCGAUACCCGUGCAACAGCAGUCACAACUCUCACAACAGCAGAUACACCAACAGCAAUUCCAACAAUCACAAAUACAACAACCACAACUACACCAAACACAGCUACUGCAACCGGUCCAACCUCAGCAGCCUCCGCAUCUGCAAAUACCUUACCAGAACAUUGUGAACGGUCUAUCGUUCACGGCGCAGCCUGUUUCGAACUUGUUAUCGACCACCGCCGCGCCUCACCAAGAUGUGCCGCUGUACACUACGGCAACCGUAAGGAACGUCCCUUACGGUGCUGCGCAGUACACAACACCCAUGCCGAUACCGUUGAUCCCGAAUUAUAAUCAAGAUAGUCUUCCGACGCUCAAACAAUACAGUAUGAAUAGCAUCGACGUGAAUCCAAAUUUGAUCCAACCAAGUCCUGGCAUAUCCUACACGACUGUGUUGCCAUUCCUUCAAUCGGUCUCUACUGAAGGAGCUAGAAUUUCCACAAAAUUCUUACCGGAAGAUAUCGUACCGUCGAAGUCGCCUAAAUUCAACUACCGCGGGCGGGUUAAACCGAAGCCCCCUACAGAGUCACCGUCAUCAAGUGAUAAGAAAGAAACGUACAGUCUAGGCACAGAGCUAUAUCUGAAGAAAGAACGGCAGAAGCAUUUCCAAGACGUUGUUAAUAUGCAAAACCGGUUGGUAAUAUCCACGACGGAGACCCCGAUAAGCAUAAACGCCGACGGUGACAUCGAAAAACAAUUGAAGCAAAACCAACACGUCAAAGAGACGCUCCUCCAACAGCUGCAGAAUUACCUACCCUCGGGGGUGAGUAAAGACGAGGUGGAAAUCAUCCCCGGGCCGACGACCUCGACGUCGAAUUUACCCGCUGGUGCGAUUCUCAUCACCGGCGACGGGAAGAACUUGAAGAUUUCACCGACGAGGAAGUCUCACACCGAGGUCGCCGACGAUUCGAAACAGAUCAAAACGAUCGUAAUCCGGCAACCGGUCUCAUCGACGACAACAACCACCCCUAAAACCGUGAGUAUCAACAUCGAGGAGCUCACCAAAGGGGUAGUUCCACCCGGCACGGAAUACGAGGUCAUCAGACACAACAACGACGGAAAUUUGGAGGAAGUUGGGAAGUUGCCUUCGAAUCUACCCCAGAAGAAGGUUACAUUCGUCAUCCUGGAGGAGCAACCGGACGGUACGGUUAAAGUGCAGGGCGUGAAAGGAGGUGAGAAAGAAUCGACGAAAACUGAAGGGGAUGAGGUUGACACGAUUAUUAAAAAAUUGAAGGACGGGGAAAUCAAACUGCCUCCUUCGACGAAGCUGUCGACGAAACAAGCUCCAUCGCCUUCUUCGCCGACUAUUUCGACAGCGUACUCGAAGACGUCUAAAGGGAGUGGCGAAAAGAAGUCGAAUUUCUACUUGCCGACGACGGUCCCGUCCAGUACGAAGAAUUUCGAGGAGUACUACAAACAUCCGAACCAGAUCUACCCAACGACGCCGUCGACGAAGACAUCCCACUACGCGGACACAUCGGUCGACCAGAGCAGCUUCCAGUACCAGGGCUUCCCGAACUUCUCGCACGAGGAGCUCACGACGAAGCCGACGGUGAGCAACAAGCCGGAGGGCUCGACGCCGCAGAAGAGCACCGACGACUUCGCGCCGUUCCUGCCGACGCUGCCGACGACCAAGUCGCGGUCGCCGACGCAGAAAACGACGCCGCGCUACUACGCGGCCGCCCAGACGACGGCGAGACCCCAGGCGGACGAUGCCUUCGUCCAGGAGGAGAACUCCUUCUACGAGAAGCCCUACCGGGCGGUGCCAAAAGUGAGCCAGAAGUUCGGGCAGGCCGCCCGGCCUACGACCGGACGCCCGCAGCCGGUCCAGAGGAUGACCACACGACCUAUCUUGGACGAUGAUGCCUCCGCUGACCUGUCGUUCCUCAAGACCCCGCAGAACCUCAACGAUAUCCUGAAGAAGGAGAGCUUGUUCGCCAUGGCCAAGUUCUUGCGUCAGUCCGGCCUCGAUGCGAUCCUGAACGAAACAGGUCCUUACACUAUUUUCGUGCCGACCGACAAAGCUUUCAGAACCCUGCUGGUCCAACUUGGUGGUCCGGAUAAGGCGGAGGAAAAAUUCAAGGAUAACCCUAGACUUUUAAGUGGACUGCUCCUGCAUCACGUCAUCCCGGGAGCCUUCAAGCUCAGCUCGCUCCAGGACGAGAUGACUGGCGUCAGUCUGGCUGGCACGCAGCUCCGGGUCAACUCCUACAUCACGCAGGACGUCGAAUGGAAUGAUGUCAAAGUUCUCACGAUCAACGGGGCCCGCGUUUUGGAGGAGAAGAAAGACAUCCUGAUUCCGCAAGGAGUGGCACACGCCAUAGACCGAGUCAUGUUCCCGCUCCCGGUGGGAGAUCUGCUCCAGACUCUCCAGUCGGAUCGGGAGAAUCGAUACAAUAACUUCCUCAAAGUUAUAAGUGUUUCCGGUCUCCUCAGCAUGUUCACAGGGACGAAAACAUAUACAGUGUUCGCUCCUAUCGACCGGGCGUUCCCCGAACUGGAGCUGGACAAACUCACCGGGGACAGGAAUUUGGCCAAGGCGUUCGUUUUGAAGCAUACCCUCCCGGGAGCGCUGUACAGCGCGGGAAUGAAGUACUACCAAGUCAGGAGUACCAUGGACGAGGCACGGCAAGUCACCGUCUACAAUGAAGCUGGACGAGUGAAAGUGAACUCGGCGCACGUGAUAACGAGGAACAUCCCAGCGACGAAUGGCGUCAUCCAUGCUGUCGACGCGUUGCUCUGAGCCUGAGCAGCUCAUCCGAUUCAUUUGUAGCAUCUUCGCCACUCCAUAGAGAAAAUACAAAAGGUGGCAGCGAGCCGAGGAAUGCGUAUUUCUACACGGGUUUAAAGGAAUCUGUUGCAAAGAUGGGUCAUUCUAGAGAAAGAAACUUUGGUUCGACGGAACUCCAACGUUUUCGAUCCUGGUGACCGAAGUUUUC